UACAUGCAACUGAUGAAUCACUGAAUUCUACCCCUGAAAAUAAUAAUACACUAUAUGUUAACUAACUUGAAUUUAAAUGAAAUCUAAAAAAGAAAAAAAAAAGAAAGCUAAAAUAAUUCUUCUCAGACAUUUCCUUAGUGGCAGCCAUCAGUGGAAAGAAAGGGAGGGAGAGAGGAGUUCAUCAAUACGGUGUUAGGAAUGACAGUUUUGACCUAUUUCAGUACUAGUUUCAUGACUCUAGUAGGCAAAUUAUACUUACCUUUUCUAGUACCCACCUUCUUCCUUUGGAAAAUGAUGAUGGGUAUCUACUCCAUAAAGAUUUAAGGUUUUUAUAGAGAGAAAAUAUAUAAAGCACAUAGCAUAAUGCUUGGCACACAGAAUGUGCUCAACAGAUGUUAGUUAUCUUCCGUUUUCAUCUUAAUUUUCCUUAUUUAAUUCUGAAAUAAUUUGUAAAUUACUUCCAAGUCACUUUAAAGAAAAGUACUGACCCCAUAAGAAAUAUGCUUAAAAUAGAGAAUGUUCGUCUAUAGUAAGUCAAAAUAAAUGGAAAUGUUUUUCACCUCCCUCAGGUAAAGGAGCUCAAUUUGUUUUCUUCUAACCUGGGUAUGAGUAGCUCAGUCACCAUAUGACAGAAUUCUUUGACUCUGAGUGUUUUUCAUAUUAGAAUAAAAAGUGGAGUAAGUGGUCAUUCUACUUACUUCUAACACCUGCUUUUCAGAAUUCACAUUUGACCUUAAAUAUUUCCCCAAAUAGAUUUUAGCAUAGAGGUGUUAGUGCCAGUGCUUUGUUUAUACAGUUAAAACAUCAAAUUCAGCAAUUUAUUGUGGGUGUGGCGGGGAUUGGAGGGAUUAUUAAAUGACUUAACUUCUACUAAUCAAAAUAUAACUAUAUUUUAGAGAGUAAAAAUAGUAGCUGUAUCACUUGAGUUCAUGAAGACUUAGCUGAUUUUUAAUAAUUAAUACGUUUUUUCUGCCAGUGAGCGUUAGAUUUCUGCUGACUUUUUAGUGUCAUAGUACCUCAUGGUAGUUUCUCUACAGGGUUUAAAGGUGUAUCCCAGUGCUUUUUUGUUUUUUCUGUCCCGUCCAUAGGAAAUAAUCUUUACAAACGCUAUCAGGAGACUACCUCUAGAGAUUCCCACGUGCCAUUAAUAUAUUAUAAGGAUCGGUCAGUUGCAUUGUCUUCUCUUGUCAGUCUUGAUCGGAGCUUGCCGAGUAAGUCUAUAAGCCUGCAUGUGCCUGGCAACUGUUACCUAGUGACAGUUUCAGCUGCAGUAGCCGUUGGCUGUGCUGUUGAUUGGGGCAGGAGGACCGAGUCACCUUUCUGAUGGUGAGUUCUUCUGCACCGGCUCAGGAUGAGGAGGAGGAGCAGGGCUCCGGCUCAGGUGGAGGCAGUGAUACUGAGAGAUUGUGAGGAAUACAGCGACAGCAUCCUGGUAACUGCAUCACAGUAAAUCGGACUUCUGAAUCAAGCAGCCCAGCCUAGCAGCUGAUAAGAGUGAAUGUAGGUGAGAAGCAUUGCCUUAUUCCUGUAAGAAGAGAGAACUAUUUUGUGAUAAGUGAGACUAGGAAUGUACAAGGAGGAAUAUCCUGUGGCUAUUAGAAGACAAGAAAGACUUCCCUGAACGACUUGGUGGUGCACGAGAAAAUAACUUUCAGAAGAAUGCUUUCUAUUAAGCUGCUGCUUUGUUCCCGAAGGAAAUGUUUUUAUUUCUAAUGCGGGUUAUUUCUUCAAGAGGUAUGACAACAAAGACUGACAAGAAACUCUCUGAAAUACCUGUACUUUAAAAAAGAUUUUUGACAAAUGUUCACCUGAUAUCAGAGUGACCUUGGAAGCCUUUUGGAUGGAUUCUGUCCUGCAAGCCUUUCAGUAUUUCAAACUCUAGGAUUUAAACUCAUCUUGAUGCUUUAGAGGUAUUUUAAAAUAAGACCAUCUUAUAACCUACCUAAUGGCCCCUGUGUUAAUUGAACACUUGCUCAAAAUAGAAUACAGAAAUAGAAGAGGCAUUUUUUAAACAUAUGGCUGCUAUAUAACUGCAAAUAUAACAAACAAGGUAAUUUUCCACUUUCAGAAGAUGUAGUUGAGGUAAUGAUCUAAUGUGUUAAUCGUCUGAUGAAAAUAGAAGAGAGAGAGAAAUAUAGACUAUGAAGCCUACUAGAAAUACCUAAGUAAUAAAUAAUGGCAGCAUUUCUGUUCAAAUAAGCUCAGACUAUAUAGGAAAGUUUCUGUUGUCUAAAUUUCAUGUAUAUUUACAUAUGUAUGUGAGAUAGGCGUGGUUGCGAAGGAGAGAAAUAACUCUGAGUUAUGUAUUUUAUGAUCAUGCUCCACUAUAAGGAAGGUAGCAUAUCAGAUAAUGAAAGUUACUUUCAGUUAUUGAUGCUGGAAUUAAUAACAGUUAUUUAUUUUCCCUUUGAAAAGGAAAAAGUAUAAAUUGUUGGUGGUAGCACUAGUAAUUGUAAUGGACUAAAGCUGUUUUCAUCUGAAUGCUUAAAAAAUUGCAUGCAGACUUAAAACUUUAAAGUUUAUCAUCUUUUGCUAGGUGUUAACCCAUUGUAUAUUAUCUUCUCUACUGGAAAUAGGUUUUGUUUCCUCAUGAGAGUUAUAGGGCAAUCUGGAGUUUUUUACCUCUGUUCUGCUCCUUUGUGCCCAAGUAGAGCUGAGUCUUUUAGAAUUAACCUUGUGUGUGUGUUUGUGGGGGGAAGUUAGCUUUUUUGAGAAAGGAGAGAGAAAUAGAUCAUAAAGUCAAUCCACUAGCAUUCAAACCCUGAACUAGCCCAAAGACACUCUUUACUGCAGUGAACUUUUUCUUAGAUUUGCAGCUAGAUCUUAGAUCUUAAUUAUUUAAAUUGUAAAAUAUGAAUCCACUUCUCAUGAUAGAUGAAGCAGGAAGCCUGAGACAAUUUAAGACUUUUUCUUUUUCUCAUUUGUUCUAGUUGAUCCCUAAUAAACUACUUCUCUGAGGAGACCAAACAGCCCACAAAGGCUUUUCUUCCCUUGGCAGUUGGUUUUUUUUUUCUUUUUACAGAUUUAAUUUUUCAUAGUGUAAGGUAAUAAGAAAUCCAUUUUCUCUAGAAGUGCCUGUGUCUUCAGAAAGUUGUUUGAGAGCACCGGAGGAAGCUAAUCAGUGACCUUUUUUCACCUCCUUUCUAGCUUACCUCCCUUUCUCCACCCCCCCCCCCCCAAAUUGAGAUGUGUCACUGCUGCACUGAGCUGGUGAAGAGGCUUGAGUACUCUCUGGGAGGCUCAGCUGUGACAGAAGCACUGCCACUGUCUCCCGAAGCUGAUCCCAAGACACUAAUGUGCAGAGCUUAACACAUGCUGGACAGGGCACCUGCUUGCUGGAGCCAAGACUGCACGUUCCCUUAAUUACAAGCCAUGAAUGAGUCCAGGUGGACUGAAUGGAGCAUCUUGAACAUGAGCAGUGGCAUCGUGAAUGUGUCUGAACGUCACUCCUGCCCACUUGGAUUUGGCUACUACAGUGCAGUGGAUGUGUGCAUCUUUGAGACCGUUGUUAUUGUCUUGCUGACAUUUCUAAUCAUUGCCGGGAAUUUAACGGUCAUCUUUGUCUUUCACUGUGCUCCACUCCUGCACCAUUAUACUACCAGCUACUUUAUUCAGACGAUGGCAUAUGCUGAUCUUUUCGUUGGAGUUAGCUGCUUGGUUCCUACUCUCUCACUUCUUCACUACUCCACAGGUAUCCAUGAGUCAUUGACUUGCCAGGUUUUUGGAUAUAUCAUCUCCGUUCUAAAGAGUGUUUCUAUGGCAUGUCUUGCUUGCAUCAGUGUGGAUCGCUAUCUUGCGAUAACCAAGCCUCUUUCCUACAAUCAACUGGUCACCCCUUGUCGCCUGAGAAUUUGCAUUAUUUUAAUCUGGAUCUACUCUUGCCUGAUUUUCUUGCCUUCCUUUUUUGGCUGGGGGAAACCAGGGUACCACGGUGACAUUUUUGAAUGGUGUGCCACCUCUUGGCUCACCAGUGCCUAUUUUACUGGCUUUAUUGUUUGUUUACUUUAUGCUCCUGCUGCCUUUGUUGUCUGCUUCACUUACUUCCACAUUUUCAAAAUCUGCCGGCAGCACACCAAAGAGAUAAAUGACCGCAGGGCCCGAUUUCCUAGCCACGAGGUGGAUGCCUCUGGAGAGAGUGGACACAGCCCCGACCGUCGCUAUGCCAUGGUUUUGUUUCGGAUAACCAGUGUGUUUUACAUGCUGUGGCUCCCUUACAUAAUUUACUUUCUUCUAGAAAGCUCCCGGGUCUUGGACAAUCCAGCACUGUCCUUCCUAACAACCUGGCUUGCUAUAAGUAAUAGUUUUUGUAACUGUGUAAUUUAUAGUCUUUCCAACAGUGUUUUCCGGCUAGGCCUCCGAAGACUGUCCGAGACAAUGUGCACAUCUUGUAUGUGUGUGAAGGAUCAGGAAGCACGAGACCCCAAACCUAGGAAACGGGCUAAUUCCUGCUCCAUUUGAAGAGAACUAUAUAGGAAUCAAAUGUAAUCUGAUAGGGGUUUUGGAUUGUAUUCUUGAUUCUUCUGGAAAUUUGCCACUAAAGAAAUAUUUACUUGAAUAGUCGACUAUGAGAUGAAGGGACUUGGGUUUCUUUUUUUUCCCCCUCUUUUCCCAUGGUCGUAGGGGGGAACUAGAGAAAAGAAUGUAUAGAGGGUAAUCUCAUAAUUAUAGUGUGUGAAUAUAACUGUACAGUAAUAGCAAAAUUAAGCACUGAGGAUGAAAAAAAGUAUUGAAAAAAGUAUCUCAGAUCUUCCACAGGACAUGAACAAAGUCCCUCGGCAUCUCUGUCUUCUCUGAGCUCUCUCCUCUGUCUUUGCCUCUCAUUCUGUCUCUGUCUCUCUCACUCUCUUUGAGUUUGUGGAAAUUACUUACAUAAAUUGCCCUUUAUGGGAAAAUGCUGCAUAUUAUAUAUGUGGCAAAGUACAAUUUUUUGCCGCAAAGUAUACUUUUAAACAUGCUGAUUUGCAAUCCAUAAGUGGUUUCUCCAUGAAGGAUGCCUAGUAAGCACUGUAUUUUAUUACCUAUCACAUAACCCUUUUGCUUGUGUUUUUAUAAUAUCCACAGCAUAAAAUUUCUGCUACAGACAAAAAAAACCAGUAUUUUUGUUUCUUCUGGGUGAAAUUAUGCUUAGCCCCCCCACCCCCUCGCUAACAGCCUGCUAUUUUUGUUUCUCUCCAUUUUUCUUGAUCUGCGUCCUUCGGUACCUUAAUCCAAAAGUGUCUUAGCUAAUGCAAGAAUCUACUAUAUAAAGCAAUCAUAAUGUUAAAUAAUCUAUUCUUUCCAACAAAGUAAUCUAUAGCUUGUUUGAGAUAUUGUGUUAAAUAUUUUUAAUAGCUUUUGUAAACAUGUUUAUCUGGUUCCUUUUCAUUUAGUUCAUGUCUAUCUUUUUUUGUGGUAUCUUUUUUUGUUAUAAUAAAGCUUUGUUUUUCUUUAAGAAAAUCCAUAAAUAAUUCUAAUGCAGAUGCAGAGUAUUCACCCAGAAGUGAGGUACUGAUUGCCCUUCAGACCACACUCCAUGUGCCCCCCUUUUCUUUUCCUCCUUAAGAGUAAAUAUUAACCUUUUUGUGUUAGGUCUACAAAGCUUAUUGUUGCGUCCACCAAUCAUUUGUGUGAUAUGCAUUUGCAUAUACUAUAUUUUUUACAACAAAGAAAAUGUAAAUUAUAUUAUGUGAUCUGUGCCUGAUGUUUUCUUAGUGCAAUAUAUAGAUCAAUGUUGCUUAAGUCAUCAACAUUGGAAAAAAUAUACAAAAACUUCUUUGAAGAGAAAAAUACUUUUGUGUAGUUGUUAUUUAGAUAUUUAUAUUAGACCAAGCUGCAUUCUUAGUACUGCUGAGAAUACGAUAUACUUAAUUAUCAAAUACAGGUAAGAGCUGUCAGUAUUUUCUUUUGUAAUGAUCUGUUUUCAUACGCAAAGAUAAAUUAACUUAUUUUUUAGUGUGCUACAUGGAAUUGUAUAAUAAAUUGUCAGGGGUUUAGGUGUAGCAAAUGGCAUUUGGGGAAUUAGUGAAGCAGGUGUGAGUGGUAAAACAUCUAAAUCUCACUUUUUUACUAUAAGUUUCCUGCCUGACAGAUAUUUUAAAGUUUAUAUCAGACUACUGAGUAUUUUUCUUCUCAGCAUUUUGAUUUCUUUGUUUUAUGAAAUGCAUUUAAUGAAAUGUGCCUAUGACUUCAAAUUGAAAGUCAACUGUGUUUGCACACUAGUGGUUUGACUUCAGAGGUCCUUUAAUAGAAAAUGUCAUCAUUUUAUUGAGGUUGUUCUGAACCCAUGUAUAUUUUUAAACAUGUAAGAAAGGUUUAAAAUAAAGAAUAAAAUAGUAUUCUAUAUAUCAAAAUCAGACUUUGUUUCAGUUUAAUAAAUACUUAGGAACAAGAGUUUGCUUGUUUCGGAAUCAGCAUUUAAUUGUUUCACAUUCCUGUUGUUUGGGUUAUGUAUAUUCUUGUCUCUGUUUGCCAGUGACAUUUUGGAUAAGUUGAAAUGAGCCUUUUAAGUUCAGAUCAGUUCAAGGAAAACAAAAUUCAAGAAAGCGUAAUACUACUAACUUUUCAGCUGUUACAAAUAGAAUCUUCAACAUGAUAUGUAUUAUUUGGGAAUCAGAUUUUAGUUUGGUGUGUAAAUAUAGUUAGAAAGGACUCAGUAGAUCUCUGUAGAGGAAACCUGAGGCUAUGUUUAUUGCAUUUUCCUCUUCUGGCUUUUCCUCAUGAUCAUUAAUAACAAUUAUAUGUCAAGUUUUAACACUGUGUUAAGUUUUACAGAUAUUAUAACAUUUAAUCCUCAACUACACCCCUUUCAGAUAGGUACUGUUAUUAUUCUUAUCCUAGAGAUGAGCAAACUAAAGAAGGGUGAUGAAUGCCAGGUCAGUGGGUUGGUCAGUAACAAAGGUUCAUUCACACUCAGCUGGGUAGGAGCCAAAGCCUAUGCAUUGACCCACUCUGCUCUACUCCUUUUCUUUUGUUUCUUUGUUUCUUUUUUUUUUCCUCAAAAGCCUUCACACCUUUGUACCUCUGUCUGUACCUUGUCCUUACAAAAUUUCUGAGUUUUAUUUCUUUUUCCUUGCCUAAAUCUUUUGCUUUAAUCCUUUCCAUGUCUUGUGAUAUCUUUUUCCUUGAUCUUACAAAUUUUUUUUUAUCAAAACACCUAUCUGGUAAGCACAAACUUGCCAGUUUCGUCUAUAAUAAAACUGAAACCCUAGGACAUAGCAUUUCCUUGACAUUGCCUUUAUUCACUAUUGUUAAGUUUUUGUUGAAUAGUUUCUUCAGAUCUCUGUAAAAUUCCUAUAGAAAAAAAUGUUUUUGAUGAAGGAGAGUAGAGAAGGAAAGCUUCCCUGUAGGCUGUAAGGUGAGCCUCUGUAAGGCAAGUUCUAGGUUUAGGUUUUUCAUUUUUUAUAAUGUUUCACAUGCAACUUGAAGGCAAGUCACUUAACUUCCUUUUGACAUAUUUUUAUGUGUGUUUGUAUAAUCAAAUAAUACUUAUUUUGAAACUACUCUGUCUUUUUUAGAUUAAUGUGUUUUAAGAAUAGAUAGCAUAACCAUUAUUCUCAUCAUUAUAUCGUAUUUGGUGGUAAUUAUCCAAUUUGGUUAUAAGUGACAGCCAAACAGUAAUGCUGUAGUCUGUUACUGGAGGUUCUAUUAUCUGAGAGCCGAUUCUAAAGUUACGUAGUGUUGGAAGGCUUUAUAACCCACCAGUGUAUGAAACCUGGACUGAAAUCCUGGCCUGCAAAAGCUGUUUGGCCCUAGGUAAGGUCUCAAGUCCUCAGUUUGCUCAUCAGUAAAACCCAGAUACUUGUACCCUCUUGAUAGGCUGGAUUUGAGGACUAAACAAGAUAAUGUCGUCUGUGUGCUCAGCAUGGCUCCUGGCACAUAGAAAACAUUCAGAAUGUGGUAGCUCUGGUUUCAUUGUGGCUGCCAUAUUUGUUGCCAUCACAGUUUAAAGAUCACUAAUUCCAGUUUAAGAAAGUUACAUUUUAGGGGCGCCUGGGUGGCGCAGUCGUUAAGCGUCUGCCUUCAGCUCAGGGCGUGAUCCCGGCGUUAUGGGAUCGAGUCCCACAUCGGGCUCCUCCGCUAUGAACCUGC